AGCAUUGUAAAAUUUCCAUGUUUUCUAGAAUCAUUUGAGAAAUCAAUUCAAUUCAUUUGUAAAAUUUUGAACAUAAUAUUCCAAGUAUAGGAAUUUAUUUAAAAUAAAUUGUAUACGGUAAUUAAAUGACCAAUUGCAUAUGCUCGAGGUGCAGUAUAUAAACCUGAGUUGGAGUUUUAACGUAAAUGACCAGUUGGAUGCAUAAGUCUCAAUUCAUUUGCUUGAGGUGCACUAUUUUUCCAAAUAUUUUUUCAGCAGUUAAGAACCGGUUGAUCCAAAAAUCAAGCAUAUAUAAUGAGUUUGGAGUUUACACAGAUAUGAAUAUUAUGGACUUAACAAAAUAGAUAGCGGGAUUCAAAUAUGAGACGUUUCUAUUACAAAAGAUUCUGAUACCACAUCAAUUAUGAAGAACCCAUUAAAAGAAGUUGAAUCGGGAUCAAACUCAUACCGUAACCCCGUUUACCAAAUGCAAUAUAGAACUAGUCCAAAACACAUUGACCCAGUAGUAAAGAUUAGAUUCCCAACACGUUCACUGCAAUACCAAAAAAGAAAAAGGAAAGGAGGGACUUUUUAAAGUAAUAAAUGAAUUCCAACCAUGCAUGCUCAGGUUUAAAUAUCUCAGCAGCAGCUCUGUUUAUCUGGAAGGAAGGCUGGAUCGAAUCCCAGAUUCCGCCCGGCACAGGCGCACUACUACCUACAGCUUAAUUCCAUCGAUCUCCUUCUUCUUCUUCUAUUCCCCACAGCUCUAACUGGUACGUACGUGUAAUUUGGUCCCCCUCCCUCCCUCCCUCAGCACGUACGUACGCACUUUAAUUGCCUGCAUCGAUCAUCUGCAUGCCAUGCCCACCAUCACGCCACUAUUUCAGUACGCUCCAUCAACUUAUGCACUAACUACAGUUGGUUCUACAGUAUGAUGAACCAGAUCACCGUUAGUUCUAGGUUUAAGGUUGGAGUUUAUGUUGAAGUUAGUGCGUGUGUAUUUAGUAAUCAACCAUCCAAUCCUAAUCCUAACAAACAUGUAUCUUGGGUAUGCUUUCCUCUCUUGGGGAAUCUACUUGACAAUCAUAAUAACCCCUCCUUGCUCUCUUUAGCAAUGGGAUUGAUUUGAGAAAAAGUGCGAAACAAACUAAAAGCAAAAGUAACGUAUGAUUCAAAUAAAGCUAGCCGGAUGGAUGAAACGGUCAGUUUCUGUUGCUACUCUCACUCACUCUCCUCAAGGCUCAAACUCAUCUACACAUGCAUGCUUUAUGCAACCAUUUUUGCCUUUUGCUUUCCAUAAAGCUCAAUAAAGAUAUGCAUGAAAACCAAAAUAUACUGUUGCAUUAUGUGACUGAUUGUGAGAAGAAAAAGAAAGACCACCACCACCUUAGUUCCCUCCUCCCCAUCCCCAUUUCUUCCGCUCCUCCUCUGUUUCUCCCCUGCCUUCUAAAUUGGCCUCCCCUUAAUUCCUUUCCCACCAAAACCCAACCCCUCUUCUUCUCAAUUCCAAACCCACAAAUGGCUGUGGUUUUCGCCGUCUUCUUUUCAUUCAUCCUGCUUCUGCUUCUCCAUUCUUCCGAUUCGCUCUCUUCUCAUCAACUUUACCUGAAAAGGCAAGCUUCAAUCCUUGUUUCAGUCAAGCAAUCCUUCGAAUCCCACGACCCUUCUCUCGAUUCCUGGGACCUUUCGGAUUUCUCCAAACUCUGUUCUUCCUGGGCAGGAAUCCAAUGCGACCAAUCCAAUCGGUCGGUGAUCGCCGUCGACGUCUCGAAUCGCAACAUCUCCGGUACCCUUUCCCCUGCAAUCGCCCAGCUCCACGGCCUCACCAACCUCUCCCUCGCUGGAAACAGCUUCUCCGGCGACUUCCCGGGGGAUGAUGUUCUUCACAAGCUCCCCCGGCUUCAGCUUCUCAACAUCUCCACCAACCUCUUCGCCGGAGAGGUCAAUUGGGAUUUCGGCCGGAUCAAAUCCCUAGCCGUUCUUGACAUCUACGACAACAGUUUCAACGGCUCCCUCCCAGUUGGAAUCACUCUGCUUCCGAACCUGAAGCACUUGGAUUUUGGCGGGAAUUACUUCACCGGAGAAAUCCCCCGGAGCUACGGAAAAAUGGAGCAGCUCGUUUACCUGUCCCUCAAGGGCAACGAUCUCCGCGGCCGGAUUCCGGCCGAGAUUGGCAACUUGACCAGUCUGCAGCAGCUCUAUUUGGGUUAUUACAACCAGUUCAGCGGCGGAAUCCCGCCGGAAAUCGGUAAAUUGGCAAACUUGAUCCAUUUGGACAUCGCCAAUUGUAAAUUGGAAGGUCCGAUUCCUCCGGAAUUGGGGAACCUCAGCAAGCUAGACACUCUGUUCCUGCAAACCAACGAGCUCGCCGGCUCGAUUCCUCCCCAGCUGAGAAACCUCAGCAGCCUCAAGACUCUGGAUCUCUCCAACAACGUCCUGACCGGUGGAAUUCCCGUUGAGCUCUCGGGCCUUCAUCAGCUCACUCUGGUGAAUCUCUUCCUCAACAAGCUACACGGCGAAAUCCCCCAAUUCGUCGCCGAGCUUCCCAAUCUCGAGGUCCUGAAGCUCUGGCACAACAACUUCACCGGUUCGAUCCCGGAGAAGCUUGGCGAAAACGGGAGGUUGAUCGAACUCGAUCUCUCGAGCAACAAGCUCACCGGAAGCAUCCCGCAGUCGCUCUGUUUGGGGAGGAAGCUGAAGAUUCUGAUCCUCCGCAUCAAUUUCCUGUUCGGAUCGUUGCCCGACGAUCUCGGCAACUGCGAGACGCUGUGGAGGGUUCGCUUGGGCCAGAAUUACCUGACCGGGAGAAUUCCCGGCGGGUUGCUCUACUUGCCGGAGCUUUCCCUCAUGGAGCUGCAGAGCAAUUACCUGACCGGGCCGGUUCCAGAACAAACCAGCAGCAAACCGAUCAAGAAACUGGAGCAGCUGAAUCUUUCUGGGAACCGGUUAUCCGGGCCUCUCCCGGGUUCGAUUGGGAACCUCUCCAGCCUGCAGAUUCUGCUUCUGAAUGGUAACCAACUCACCGGACCAAUCCCUUCCGAAAUCGGUCAGUUGAAGAAUGUGCUUACGUUAGACAUGAGCAGGAACAAUUUCUCGGGCACCAUCCCUCCAACCAUAGGGAACUGCCUCAUGUUAACCUACUUGGAUUUGAGCCAGAACCAGCUUACCGGUCCGAUCCCGGUCCAGAUCGCUCAAAUCCACAUCCUGAACUACCUCAACGUGUCGUGGAACCGCCUGAACCAGACCCUCCCGAGGGAAAUCGGGUCGAUGAAGAGCCUAACAUCAGCCGAUUUCUCCCACAACAACUUCUCCGGUCCGAUCCCGGAAUCGGGCCAGUACUUGUUCUUCAACGCGACGUCGUUCGUCGGCAAUCCUCAGCUAUGCGGCGCCGUUUUGAAUAACACCACAAAAUGCAACUAUUCAUCAGUCGAUUCUCCUCUACAAUUCCGGAGCCAGAGCAAAACAGGCAAGUCCCAGGUUUCGGGGAAAUUCAAGCUCCUCUUCGCUAUCGGCCUGCUUUUCUGCUCCCUGAUGUUUGUUACCCUAGCAAUCAUCAAGACGAGGAAAUGGCGGAAGAAUUCGAGCCGGAGAUGGAAGCUGACGAGCUUCCAGCGUCUCGAAUUCGGGUGCCAGGACGUCCUGGAGUGCGUCAAAGACAACAAUGUAAUAGGCAGGGGAGGAGCCGGCACUGUGUACAGGGGAACGAUGCCCGACGGCGAACAAGUCGCGGUUAAAAAGCUGCUGGGAAUCGGGAAAGGCGGUAAUUCUUCCUCUCAUCACGACAAUGGUCUGUCGGCGGAGAUACAGACUCUGGGGAAGAUCAGGCACAGGAACAUUGUGAGGCUGAUUGCCUUCUGUUCCAACAAAGAGACGAAUUUGCUGGUCUAUGAGUACAUGCCCAAUGGGAGCUUGGGUGAGGCUCUGCACGGGAAGAGAGGAGGGUUUUUGAAGUGGGAGACGAGGCUGCAAAUCGCCAUUGAAGCUGCCAAGGGACUGUGUUACUUGCACCAUGAUUGUUCGCCAUUGAUCCUACACAGAGAUGUGAAGUCGAAUAACAUAUUGCUUAACUCUGAGUUCGAGGCUCAUGUUGCGGAUUUCGGGCUGGCCAAGUUCUUGCAGGAUUCAGGCACGUCGGAGUGCAUGUCGGCGAUCGCCGGUUCCUACGGCUACAUUGCGCCAGAGUAUGCGUACACCCUGAAGGUGGACGAGAAGAGCGAUGUGUACAGCUUUGGAGUGGUGCUGCUGGAGUUGAUAACAGGGAGAAGGCCGGUGGGCGAUUUCGAGGAAGAAGGGCUAGACAUUGUGCAGUGGACGAGGAUCCAAACCAACUCCACCAAAGAGAAAGUGUUGAAGAUCUUGGAUCAGAGGCUGUCCGAGAUCCCUUUGGUCGAAGCCAUGCAGGUGUUCUUUGUGGCAAUGUUGUGUGUCCAGGAACACAGCGUGGAGAGGCCAACCAUGAGAGAAGUGGUUCAAAUGCUUGCCCAAGCCCAAAAACCCAAUACUUUCCAGAUGCAGUAGGAGUGUAGGACUGUUUUCUUUGUCUUGGGAGGGAGUUAAUCAAGAGGGCUAAGUAAGUGGUCGCAUACGAUCCAUCCAUGGAAGUAACAGUAGUAGCAGAGCAAGUGUGUAUAUAUAGAUAUAUAUUCGGUUUUGAUUAAGUUGUUUUUGGGUGUGUUUUGUGAUAUUAUCAUUGGUGUAGCAAUUGUUGAAAGGGAAGCUUUUAUGUGAGUUUUAGAGUGUAUGUCAUUUCUUAAACAGGGGAAUUCAUAAUUUUUGAAGGGACGUGUAAUGUAAUGGAAUUCUGACGGAGAUGAAGGUAGUAUAUGGAAGAUGUGAUUUCAAAAGCAUUCUUCUUUCUUCUUUAUCAUCUCCCAAAGUUCCAUUGUUCAGUAAAUAAGUAAAUUGCGU